CCUGUGGCGUCUUUGUUGCCGGGUCAAGAACAAUACCAUGUCCUCCUACAGAAAGCCUAUGCUCAUGGAGUCAUGGUUCUACAACUUCUAUUCCUUAUUAGCCUCAUCUCAGCGACCUUUAAUAGUAGUGAUGACCAUUUCAUGUACUCUGGAUUCUCUGGUGUCGAUCUUGUCAUCGAUGGUGCUACCACAGUAACACCAGGUGGCCUCCUUGAGCUCACCAAUGGAACAGUUCAACAGAAAGGCCAUGCUUUCUACCCAACUCCAUUGCGCUUUGUGAGGUCUCCAGGUGGAAUAGUGCACUCCUCCACUUCCUUCGUGUUUGCCAUUUUGUCUGUGUACACUGACCUCAGUGCCCACGGUAUGGCCUUUGUUAUCACACCAAGCAAAAACUUUAUAUCUGCAUUGCCUGGGCAGUACCUAGGCCUCGCAAACAUCCAGAGCAAUGGCAACGCUAGUAACCACUUGUUUGCUAUUGAGUUUGACACCAUCCAAAACAAGGAGUUCAGUGAUAUUGAUGCCAACCAUGUCGGUGCGAACAUCAAUGGCCUAAGAUCAUUGCGUUCCCACCACACUGCCUACUAUGCUGAUGAGGAUGGUAACUUUCACAACAUGAGCCUAAUUAGCCGUGAAGCUAUGCAUGUAUGGAUAGACUAUGAUCACAAACUCACAGACAUCAGUGUUACCAUGGCCCCUCUAAAGGUCGCAAGACCUAUGACGCCACUGUUCAGAGUCACCUACAACCUCACAGAAGUUCUUACAGAUGUUGCAUUCAUUGGUUUCUCCUCUGCGACUGGUACAAUCAAUGUGCGACAUUGCGUGCUUGGCUGGAGCUUUAGUAUGAACGGCCCUGCUCCUGCCAUUGACAUUGCUAGAAUACCAAAGCUGCCAAGAAUGGGUCCAAAGCCUCCAUCAAAACUAUUGGACGUUGUUUUGCCAAUAACAACGUCUGCAUUUGUCCUCAUUGUGGGUGCCAUUGUAUUCCUACUUAUUCGGAGGCAUAUGAGGUAUGCUGAGCUACGGGAUGAUUGGGAGGUGGAGUUUGGACCACACCGAUUCACAUACAAGGAUUUGUACAUCGCAACAGAAGGAUUCCAGGAAAAGAACUUGUUAGGAAUCGGAGGAUUUGGGAGAGUAUACAAAGGCAUCCUUCCAGUGUCUAACCUGGAGGUUGCUGUGAAGAGAGUAUCGCAUGAUUCAAAGCAGGGAAUGAAGGAGUUCAUUGCAGAGAUUGUUAGCAUAGGCCGCAUUCAACACCGCAAUCUUGUGCAACUGCAUGGUUAUUGCCGGCGAAGAGGCGAGUUAUUUUUGGUGUAUGAGUACAUGGAAAAUGGAAGUUUAGAUAAUUACUUAUACUGUAAAGAAGACAAGCCCAUUCUAUGUUGGGGUGAUAGGUGGCGUAUCAUAAAGGGCAUUGCAUCUUGCUUGCUGUACCUUCAUGAAGAGUGGGAGAAAGUAAUCAUCCAUCAGGACAUCAAACCAAGUAAUGUCCUUGAUAGCGAUAUGAACGGUCGGCUUGGUGACUUUGGACUUGCAAGGUUAUAUGACCAUGACACGGACCCGCAAACCACACAUGUGGUUGGAACAAUAGGAUACCUAGCUCCAGAGCUAGGACAUACUAGCAAGAAUUGA